UGUUUGUUAGUUUCCUUUUUAUGCGUCAUGUAGCAUUUUCGAAAAAGACAUGGUUGAACAGUAAAACGAUAGUUGAUAAUUGAUGUAAACGUGCGGUAAUACACAGUAAUAAUGAAAAUAAUGUAUUUAAUCAAAACAAAAUUCACUUAGUACAAACAAGUGAGGCGAAACCUCAGCGUAUGAAUGUAAAGAUGGCAGUCUCGCAGCUUCUUCUUCGUCCACGGACAAACAAGGCAGGUAAAAAAAUGCCGGGGGGAAGCCAGGAAACAUGAAAGCUCAGCCGCGCGUGCAGAUGUUCCGGCGACGCUGGAUCUGCCUGCUCUGCCUGAGCCUUCUGCUGCUGUUGUGGUUCGGACAUUUGAUCGUGCGGGACGCCGAGUAUGGAACAGGGCAGAACACCGGGCUCAGAGGCUACAAGAGGAUCCGCACUGAUGGCAAAUCCCAGUUUCUGGACAUUCACUGUGACAGCUGUGCCUUGGUCUCCAGCUCCGGUCAGAUGCUUUAUGCUAACGCUGGAGAGGAGAUCGACCAAAUCGGUUGCGUGAUCCGCAUGAACAACGCGCCCACCCGCGGGUUCGAGAAAGACGUGGGGGGCCGCACCAGUGUCCGGGUCGUUUCUCACACCAGCGUGCCCCUGCUCGUGAAAAACGAGCAGUAUUACUUCCGGCAGGAAGCAGACACCACCUACGUCGUUUGGGGUCCUGAGAGGAACAUGAGACAGGACGGCAAAGGACCCGUCUUUAACCUUCUCCUGAAAAUGGCUGCCAAGUAUCCAAAAGCCAAAAUCUAUGCCAUAACUAGGGAGAAGAUGGAAGACUGUGAUAAUGUGUUCCAGAAUGAAACGGGGAAAAACAGGAGGAAAACAGGAGCGUUCCUCAGCACUGGGUUCUUCACCAUGAUUCUGGCCAUGGACAUGUGUGACAGCAUCACCGUGUUCGGAAUGAUCGACAACAACCACUGCAGUCGAGCCAAUCGCAGUGUCGUUCCGUACCACUACUACGAGCAAAACCGAGUCAGCGAGUGCAGGAUGUACCAAGUUCACGAGAGCACGCGGCGCGGCGGACACCGUUUCAUCACUGAGAAGCUCAUCUACGCCAGAUGGGCAACGCGGCACAAUAUCCAGUUUAAACAUCCAUCCUGGAACCUUUGAGGGUCAAAGACUUUUAUUACCUGCUUAGAAACACAACCAUUAAAAAAGACUUUUACAGAGCUCAUAUUGAAGCUUACCAACGGCUAAAACAAAGUUUCUUUAGUCUCUGUGCCUUACUUUAACCUGCCUGUGUCAUUUAAAGCUACAGUACUGCACCUUUAUUCUUUUGAUUCUGUUGUACAGGGCUGCUACUAGCAUUUAAUGUCUGGAAUGUUAGCAUGCUAAUUCAUCAAAGAAUCAGCUGAUAGAUUCUCAGUGCUUGACUAAAUUUUCUUUUAUAUGAGGCAGAUUUAAAUCCAGAACUUUAAUGCAUUUAGUAUUUUUGUGUGGAAAAUGUCAUAACUCAACAGACUGAACGUGUGAGUGAAACAAGACAUUUUAUUUUUAGGGUAAAGGGCAAACUGUAUAACGGGGUAUUAGGGCAAUCAUAAAACAUAUAAAAUAAAGUUGUAAAGUUAUAAGAAACAUUUACAAAUUUGACUAAAUGAAAGUGGUAGAAUAAUGAAAAGGAAAUUUGGGAGUUUACAAGAUCAAUUUUUGCUUCAAAUAGUUAAAGUUUUACAAUGAUAAACUCAUGCCUUUUGGAAAAUAUCAAAUUUAGCUUUUGAAAUGUUCAAACAAAGACGUAAUUUGAUUAAUUUAUGUUGCAAACAAUAAAAUCAAUAAAAUUUUGACUUUAUUUUCAUAUUUUGUGGUGGCCCUAAUACUUUCACUUUUCUCAUCUUCAAGUGUCCUUGAUUUCUUUGCCUCCUAACAUUUGAAAACAGCGUUGCCUUCUCAGUUACAACAUCUCAUUCAAUCCAAAGAAAUGUAACUGUAUUUGCACUGGUGGUUUUGCUGCUGGAAGUAAUCUGCGUCUGCGCUCCGCAAAACACAAUUGUAAAUGUCGACUUGAACCUGAACGACAUUUUUUUGUGUUUGAAGGUAAUUUAGAGACAAGCUCCCUUCUCCUUUGAGUUCAAAGCUCCCAUUUACAUCUGUGAUUUUGACUUUAAAUGAUGUUAGAUGAGCCAAAACUUAGAAUACUAAAAGGAAGUGUGUCAUUAUUUGUUUUUUUAGCUAAAUAUCUUGCUGUAUUGUUAUGUAUUUACAAUAAACAUCAUCCAAAGAUGAACCUCUAACUUU